UCACUAUUUGUCCCAAAACUAAGGUAGCAAAGAAUGGCGCCCCAAACGUCCACAUGACUCAGAUUUUGCGACUCAGCGACAAGAGGACCUCCUGAUCAGAGAUUACCUGCCGCAACGUGUAUCCUCAUGAUAACCAGCAACAAGAAUUCCAAGAGCAACUUCUAUCUUCCCCGCGGCGUGCCACAGCGACAAACAGCGACUUCUAAAAACUUCUUUUACUUCUACUAGCAUCGACCACAAGCAACAACAUGAUAUACAUGAUAUGAACGCACGAGCCAAGAAGAUGACGACACAACGAUGCUGCAGCGUUUUCAACCAAGUUUUUUCUGGUUGUUCGAGGGCGAGGUAGAGAAAGGGAUCAGGACUGAAAAUAAAAACACCAUCUUCAUUCUUCAGCAGACGUAGAAGGAUCAUGGCAGCAAAAGUAGAAUGAUCAUCAUGCAGCAAAUCAUAAACGCGACAUCGUUAAUUGAAGGCAGUCUUGCUCUAUGCCGUUGGAUUGAGAAUCUGCGGUUUGUGAACCAUGCCGUUCUCUGCUAUCUCACAAAGCGACUCUGCCGUGAGUCGCUGGCUGCUAGAAGAGCGUGGGCAGAGUAUUAUUUAUUUCUAGCUAGGGAAUACUUAUAAUAACAAGAAGAUCGCGAUACAUUCUUUGACUGUACAUCUUUUCUCAUCGAUUCCCCUAUAAUUUGAUCCUACUAGCUUCUACUUGUUCAUCUUUCCAUUGCUUUAACUUCAAGGUGGUGUUCCGCUUACGGUCGAGGCAUACAGAAUCUACUCGUGCGAGAGGAGGAAGCCGAAAGAUUUGGAUAUAUGGAGUUGUGGCAUUUUUGUCAGAUGAUUUGUGCGCGACUAGUUUUCCCCCAAAGACCAAAAGCGCUUCUUGCCCAACAUCUGGCACAGCUCCCAUGGAAGGAAGAGAGCAUCGUGGAUCUGCAGAAGUUGGGAGUUAUCUCAGCAAAUCUGAUACAACAACAUGGAGGAGUGCCUACGGCAACAACUUCUACUACUCGAACGGACCAAGCUGCGACUCCGAGUAGUACUACUGCUGCUGCUGCAAAUGUGGCAGGCUCGACUAACAAAUCCUCAUCAUCCACAACAUCGCCUGCUUGUGUAGCGGCAGCGGGAGCAGCAGUCAGUGCGCCACUUGGAGUUGCUGCAACUACCGCAGGAGCCAGUACGCAUCCUGCAGCUGGAACUUCAGCUGCAACAACGGGAGGAGGUGCUCCGACAACGAC